GUGGUGGCCAACUCGUCGCUGAUGUUGCAGACAGCCAGUGUACCAGAGGACCAACUGCAGUUCUUCGUCCUCGGCACCGGAUUCCUCAACGUGGUUUGCACAAUAGUUGCGCUGCCCCUGCUGGAACGGGCCGGCCGUCGCACCCUCCUGCUCUGGCCCACGCUCGUCCUUGGCUUGACUCUCCUCCUGCAGAUCGUCAUGGUGAACAUAAUUGACAAUAAGCCACCCGAGGAGAAGGGACCGUUUGCCGUAGUGUCGGCCAUCCUCGUCUUCGUCUACAUUGGCAGUUUUGCGGUCGGCCUGGACAGGGUCCUCGAGGGGCCGCCUACUCGCUGA